AUGGUUGGCGCGCCACUGGGUGCCUUUCUUUUCAAAUUAUUCAUUGGUUUACAUGAAACAAACGAUUUCGAUAUUUCUGGUAUCUCCUACACUUAUCCAUAUCCACCCGCGAUCAAGCCGAUACAGUCAAUAGUGCCGCCUGUACUGACCGGGAAGCAGCAACAGCAGCAGCAACAAACGGACCAGAAAGCGGCACUAACUAUACUUGUCGAUUGA